AUGUGGAUAAAUAAUCAGAGCUCCCUAGAUGAUUUUAUCUUAUUGGGAUUUUCUGACCGACCCUGGCUAGAGACACCACUCUUCAUAAUCUUUCUGGUGGCCUACAUCUUUGCUCUAUUUGGAAAUAUCUCCAUUAUCCUAGUUUCUCGCCUAGAUCCACAGCUUGACAGUCCCAUGUACUUUUUUGUCUCAAAUCUAUCACUUCUGGAUCUCUGCUAUACCACCAGCACUGUCCCACAGAUGCUAGUCAACCUUAGGGGACCAGAAAAGACCAUUAGCUAUGGGGGUUGUAUUGCCCAACUAUAUAUUUUUUUGGCCUUAGGCUCCACUGAAUGCAUUCUUCUGGCCAUAAUGGCCUUCGACCGUUAUGCUGCCAUUUGCAAACCCCUUCACUAUCCAAUCAUCAUGAAUCAGAGACGAUGUGUCCAUAUGGCCGCUGGGACCUGGAUUAGUGGUUUUGCUAACUCCCUCGUACAAUCCACUCUCACAGUGGUGGCCCCAAGAUGUGGACAGAGGGUGAUGGAUCAUUUCUUCUGUGAAGUUCCUGCCCUUUUGAAACUAGCCUGUACUGAUACUAGUGUGAAUGAAGCUGAGCUGAAUGUUCUAGGGGCUUUGUUACUCCUGGUACCACUUACCCUCAUCCUGGGCACCUAUGUGUUCAUUGCUCGGGCAGUGAUGAAAAUCCGCUCGGCUGAAAGUCGCUGGAAGGCCUUUAAUACCUGUGCUUCACAUUUGCUUGUGGUUUCCAUGUUCUACUUUACAGCCAUCAGUAUGUAUGUCCAGCCUCCCUCUAGUUACUCUCGGGACAGGGGUAAGAUCAUGGCUCUCUUCUAUGGCAUUGUCACUCCAACCCUCAACCCUUUUAUCUACACAUUGAGGAACAAGGAUGUGAAAGCUGCCCUAAGAAGAGCAUUGACUAAGGAGUUUUGGGUCAAGAAAAGAUGA